CAGCCACUGUGAUGGCUGUGGUGUAUUGACCGUCGGACAGCUGAUAAUAGAGAGUGCUAUUCAGAUUACCACCCUCAUCUGUCAAAUCAAGAGUCGAGGCUCCCAAAUUGUCUUGGAGUAUCUCUCGGAAGAGUACCUAUUUUUCAAGACGGGCUCAAGAUUGGUAAUCUUCAGCCAUGACUAUCUACAAUCUCUAUAUUUUUGAUCGGAAUGGUCAGCUACUGAAUUACACAGAGUGGACUCGUCGGAAACUUUCAGGCAUGACAAGAGAUGAGGAAGCUAAGCUGUUGUAUGGAAUGAUUUUUUCCCUCAAAUCAUUUGUGAGCAAGGUAUCUCCUGUGGAUCUGAAGGAAGGCUUCCUGACAUAUAAAACAAAUAAAUAUUGCCUUAACUUGUAUGAAACUCCAUCCAGAAUCAAGUUCAUCCUGAAUACUGACAUUUAUGCUCAAGGAAUUAGAGAACUACUCCAUCAAAUUUACACACAAGUUUAUGUUGAAAACGUGGUUUACAAUCCUCUAUGUCAGCUUGAUAAACCUAUUGAGAGUGAACUUUUUGCAGCAAAAUUAGAUGAAGUUGUUAAACAGAGUUCUGCAUUUGCUUCAAGACCACCUUAGUGAUGGAGUUU